UGGUGCGUUUCUAUAUUUUUUUUAACUGUAAAAACUAAAAAACAGUAAAAAUAAUCUCCGCUCUUCCAUUACUGUACCUUCUAGAGUCGUAAACAGUAGCAGUAUAAACUCCCCCAAAACCCAAAGAAACAAAAAGAACUUUUCGUUCCUACUUGUCACACUUUCGGCUCUUCCUUCCUUCCUUUACACACACCAUCCAUUUCCUUUUUAACAUUCCUUUUUCCUUUUUCUCACAUUCUUCGUUCCAUGAUCGCCACAACUUCUCCUCUUCUAACCGCUUCAGCAGCUUCAUCCUCAUCCUCAUCCUCAUCAUCAUCACUAGCACCCGCAUUUUCCAAACCGAUCCGAAGCGAAUCGGCGUUUUUAUUAAGCGUAGGGUUUGGAUUCUCGUCUCCGACUUCGAGGCCUUUGGUGGCGGCGGCGGCGGCGGCGAGCAGCUCCGGUAAGAGUAUGGAGGUGUUGAGGAAGAUUGGCGGUGGCUGCUUCAAGGGCAAAGACAGCAAGGGCGUCAUCAAGGUCGAGGCCGAUAGCGGCGGCGAGGACGUCUUCCAAGUCUCCUCUGGGGCGCUCCCGGACCACCUUGUCGUCAUGGUUAAUGGACUUAUUGGCAGUGCCUCAGAUUGGAGAUAUGCGGGAGAGCAGUUUGUAAAGAAGCUCCCUGAUAAAGUAAUUGUGCACCGCAGUGAGUGCAAUUCUUCGAGAUUGACAUUUGAUGGAGUUGACUUGAUGGGUGAGAGGCUUGCUGAAGAGGUCUUAGCUGUUGUAAGACGUAGGCCUGAGGUUCAGAAGAUCUCUUUUGUAGCACACUCUUUAGGAGGCCUUGUUGCAAGGUAUGCCAUUGGGAGGCUGUAUGAACACUCUUCAAUAGUGAAAACUGCAGCUCUUACUGGAAACCCUAUAAGUGAAGAGCACAAGAAUUCUGUGGUGCAAGGCCAUGAGCAGCCUCAUGAACCUAAAAUUGCUGGGUUGGAGCCCAUGAACUUUAUAACAUUUGCAACACCACAUCUUGGUUCAAAGGGACAUAAACAGCUCCCAUUUCUCUGUGGUCUUCCUUUUCUCGAGAGAAGAGCAUCUCAAACUGCACACUUGGUUGCUGGGAUGUCUGGGAAGCAUUUAUUCCUCAUGGACAAAAAUGACGGGAAACCUCCUCUCCUCCUUCGAAUGGUUAAUGAUUCUGAGGACCUAAAAUUCAUAUCAGCUUUACGUGCAUUCAAAAGGCGUGUGGCUUAUGCAAAUGCAAAUUAUGACCAUAUGGUUGGCUGGAGAACGUCAUCAAUUCGGCGUCAAAAUGAACUUCCGAAGUCCAAUCUUCUUGUAACAGAUGAGAGAUACCCACAUAUUGUAUAUGUUGAGCAAGAAACCAUGGAUGACGUUUGUAACAAAGCAUCUUUAGUUGCUGGGAACCAAACGAUUGACUUAGAAGAGGAGAUGAUUAGAGGUCUCACUCAGGUAACUUGGGAACGUGUGGAUGUCAGCUUUCAGAAAAGUAGACAGCGAUACAUUGCUCACAAUACCAUCCAGGUGAAGAGCUAUUGGUUAAAUUCAGAUGGUGCUGAUGUGGUUUUCCAUAUGAUUGAUAACUUCCUUCUCUAGUCCCUAUACAAGUUUGGGUCCUCAAUUGAUGAUCUGAUGAUGGGUUAGAUUGCAUUGCUAUUUUGAGUACCUUGCCCAUUGUCUCACUUCGGGAUGUUAUGGUGUAUAUUUCAUGUCAAGUUGGAGAAGUAGGGAGUUUCACUGAAAUGUUGCUACCUAUUUCCUAAUAGGUUUGUUUGCUUUCAUAUUUGAUGCCAAUUAGCUUUUCAUUUUUGUAAUCAUACCUAAACUUUAUUUUUUUUAGUUAAUGAAAUUUAACUUAAUUUGAUGAAAA